CAAUAGAAAAGUUGAGCUGAACGGGACGCUCCGGCGGGUGAGCUGUGGGGCGCUGCGGUUUGGGUCCAGGUGUGCCAUGAGGACAGUGUAGCCUACUGAAAUUUUGCCAUUCAGCCUGAAAGCUCUUUCCAGUUCAUGUCCUGUCCGUCCACUGCUGGUUCGUGUCCCUCUGCCCAUCCGCCUAACUCACGUGGUUGCAAUAACUCGGUUUGUUGACCGUCAUGGCUUCUGCUGCUUUGCUGCUCCUGGCCCUCUCCUCCUCUGUCUCCCUCACAGUGGCGGUCCUGUUUGGCGAACCCAGAAUUUUUGGAGAUGAUGCUACUGGAUAUGGCCCCAUCUUUGAGGAGGAGCCUGUGGAUGUGGUCUACAUGGAGGACUCACCCGAUGGGAGAAUCUCCAUGAACUGCAGGGCACGAGCGAACCCACCAGCUUCAUACAGGUGGCGCCGUGAUAACUGGGAAAUCAAGCUGAUGGAGCAGCCAGACGAGCACUACAGCCUCGUGGGGGGGAACCUGGUGAUCACCAACCCCAGACAGAAGAAACACGCUGGGACGUACGUCUGCGUGGCCAAGAACAUCUAUGGCACCGUCAUCAGCAAGGAGGCCAGGGUCAAGUUUGGAUUUGUGGAGGAGUUUCCCCAGGAGGAAAGAGACCCAGUGUAAGUCAAAGAAGGACAGGGCGCUGUUCUGCUAUGCGCCCCUCCAAAAGCUUGGCCACAGGAGGUGACCUACCGCUGGAUCUACAACGAGUUCCCGGUUUUCCUGUACACAGACCGCCGUCGGUUUGUCUCCCAGAAGACGGGGAACCUGUACAUCUCCAAAGUGGAAGCUCAGGAUGCAGGAAACUACUCCUGCUUUGUUUCCAGCCCGAUCAUUGGGAAGAGUGUCUUCUCAAAGUUCAUCCCACUCAUCCCCUUACCUCCUGACGAUGGUGAGGAGAGAAAGUACCCAGCAGACAUCAGGGUGAAGUUCCCAGAUACCACUGCCUUGCUGGCCUCUAAUAUUACACUGGAGUGCUUUGCUCUGGGAAACCCCAUCCCUCAUAUUGUUUGGAGGAAGGUGGACGCCACAGACCUCCCAGCGAAUCAUGAGAUUAGUGAGUCAGGAGCUGUGCUUCAUCUGUACAAUGUACAGUACGAAGAUGUGGGAGGAUACGAGUGUGAAGCCAUCAACACCAAAGGAAAGGACUGGCACAAGGCUUGGCUGUAUGUGGAGUCUGCUCCAGAGUGGGCAGAAACCAUCAACAACACUCAGAUUGACAUCGGCUCAGAGCACACCAUGCGCUGUGUGGCAUCAGGGAAGCCCUUCCCUUUCAUUCGCUGGUACAAAGAUGGAUAUAUGUAUGGGAAGGGGGAGUUGAAGUUUUCCAGUCUCACUUUUGAUGACUCAGGAAUGUACCAGUGUAUUGCUGAGAACUACUGGGGCAUCAAGUACGCCAACGCUGAGCUGCGAGUCAUCGCCUGUGCUCCUACAUUUGAGUUGAACCCUGUGAAGAAGCAGCUUCUUGGAGCCAAAGAUGGCCGUGUAGUAAUCGAGUGUAAACCCCGAGCUGCUCCGAGACCACGGUUCACCUGGACAAAGGGCAAAGAGCUGCUCUUCAAUAAUUCCCGGAUUUCCAUUCUGUAUGAUGGGAGUCUGGAGAUCCUCAAUGCAACCAUCAAUGAUGAGGGGGUAUACACCUGCUUUGCCGAGAAUGACAGAGGAAAGGCCAACAGCUCUGGCACUCUCACCAUCACAGAGGCGACCAUCAUCACAGAACCUCCUGAAGACUCUGAGGUGCAGGUCGGCGAUGAGGUGAUUCUGAAUUGUGCUGCUUCAUACGACCCCAUGCUGGACAUUACCUUCAUCUGGGCCAUAGACUUCAGGGUCAUUGACUUUGAUGCUGAAUGGACACACUACGAACGUGUUAUGAGUGAAGAUGGCAGAGGUGACCUGAGAAUAAAGAAUUCCCAGAUUUGGCACGAAGGUCGCUACACCUGCACGGCUCAGACAGUGGUGGACAGCGAUAUUGCAUAUGCUGACCUCAAGGUUGUAGGUGUUCCUGGGCCUCCUGGUGUGAUCAGGAUAGAAGAGAUUGGGGACACGUGGGUGAGGCUGUUGUGGACUAAAGGAGCAGAGCAUAACAGCCCCAUUCUCUUCUACACCAUUCAGACCAGACACUACUGGGCACUUAAUGAAGACGACUGGAGGGACGCCAGCACCACUCCAGCUGUUCUUGACGGCAAUGCAGAGAGGGCUGAUGUGACAGACCUGUACCCCUGGAUGGAGUAUCAGUUCAGGAUCUUCGCCACGAAUGAGUAUGGCGCCGGAGAGGCCAGCAUCCCCUCCCUCAAGAUCAAAACUUGGGAUGCUCAACCGGUGGUAUCUCCUACUGAUGUGGCAGGGUAUGGAGGUAGAAAUGGCGAGAUUGUCAUCACAUGGACUCCCGUACAACCGUGGUACUUCUAUGGCAAAAAGUUUGGCUACAUUGUGGCAUUUAAGCCUCACGAUGCUUAUGACUGGUGGUACGAGACCAUCUCAGACCCCGAGACCAGGCGUUACGUUCACAGGGACUCCUACUUUAUUCCCACUGAUGAAGACUUCCAAGUCAGAGAGUUUCAGGUGAAGAUCAAGUCGUUUAAUGUGAAAGGAGACGGACCGUACAGCCUCACCAAAGUCAUCUACUACCCAAGAGAUGUACCUACAGAGGCUCCGACAGAUGUCUAUGCCAGACCGGUGUCCUCCACUGAAGCUCUGGUGUGGUGGUUGCCAGUGGUCGACACUGGAACAGGCCUGCAGCAGUACAUUGAGGGAUACCAGGUCAAAUACUGGCGAAAGUACGAUGACCCAGAGCCGGGAGCAAACCGUAUAUUUGUUUCAGCCUCUGUCAACCAGACCAGGUUGGAGAACAUGCUGCCAGACUCGCACUACCUCAUUGAGGUCCGUGCUUUCAAUGGAGCCGGCCUCGGACCCCCUGGUGAACACUGUGAGAUGUUCACAAAGAGGCCACCACCACCAGAUCCUCCCAGGAUGUGGCGCUAUGUUACCUGGACAGGACAGUGGUUGUAUGUGUGGUGGGAUCAUAUCCAGUAUGACUGGUUUGGCAAUAUUUCCUUCCCACUCUACUACAAGGUCAUGUUCAGAAAGACUGGCUACAUCUAUGGGAAAGUCUACAUCACUGGCUGGCACUUCAUGGACUUCCCCAUGCCUCAGACUGGAGACUAUGAGCUGAUGGUACGUGGCCGUUAUGAAGGAGGGGAUGGCCCAAUCAGAAUGAUCAGCAUUAAGGGUAAAGUAUCGGUGAUCACGCCCACUCUAAGCCUGGUGUCUUUGGUGCUGCUGGAGCUGUGCAUCGCGGGACUGCAAAUUUAAGGCCUGCCACAAGUGACAUGUAUAUAAUAAACUCUGGGAAGUCAAUCUGUGGAUAGAAGAGAUCCAGUCUUCACCUCCAAACACUCUUCUCACUGAUAGUUAAGAUUAUACAUUGUGUAUCUGUUCUGUUGUAACACGACACAGGAAGUUGUUUUUCAUAUAAAAAAAAAAAAAAAGCAUCAAGUGUUGGCCCCGACACUUUUUAUGGACUUAAUUCAUCUUCCAAAUGAACAACAGCAGUGAACUGGGUAGGACUCCAUUGAGAGGGUUGGAAAUGUGCCCCAUCAAAUCCAGAUAUUCACUCAAAGUGAAAAUGAAUGAAGGUGGAUGUUAUGAUUAAACUCUCCACACAGUGUGUUCAGAUAGAAAUAAAAGCAUCCAGAAAAGUCAUUUUAAGUUGUUUUCUGAAUGUAUAAACAUUCUAUCACUUUUUUAUGUCAUUUUCCUCUUCCAUCAUUCAACUUUCUUUGAUCAUUACUUCCUGUUUGGAGUUGAAAUGAGCUGGACGAACAUUACCAAGGUAGAAUUCAACCCACAGAAUGGGACGAUGUUAUUUAUAACAAGCACUAUAAAUCUCUCAGAUGGUCAUGCUAUGAAUAUUAUGUAAGCAGUGUGAUAAUCACUGUUUGGUUUGGGACGAGCAGAGUAGGAUGACUAAAAUGUGUAUAGAUUUUCUGAACAUGUAACUUUUUUGUGGAGCACAUUCAGCAUAUCACAUAUUUCAAACAAGUGUAGCCUAUUCUUCACCGUCAUGUUCUCACUUUUGUUCAAUAUGUUUAGAUUCAUUUUCUAAAUCUUAAAUGGUGCUGUGUGACAGGUAGAUUCAGAAGAUUAUCCAUAUUAAUUUAAAAUGUCAUCCUCACCAGAAUCAUGUGCAUAGUUGAAGUUUGAGUUCUAGCCGCAACGAUAAAAAGCCAAAGCCUAUCACUUUGACAACUUCCCAUUGAAUGUUAAUUUCUGAAAGUGUAAUAUUUGAAUGUCCCAUGAGGCCAGGAGUUGAAGAGAAACUGCUGUAUAUCACAUAAAUGGAUGCUACUUUUCUUUAUGUCAGGCUGCAAAACCAUUAAACAGAGUACAAACCA